CGGUCGGCUGUCAUUUCAGCAAGCUCAAGGCCUCGAGCGCCCCCCCGUAUCACAAUGGCCGACUUCAUGCUUUUUGAGGGCCCGAUGGGCUACUCGCUUUUUAAAGUCGCCCACCAGGCCGACACUGUGGGCAACCGACUAAAAGAAGUACAAGACGGCAUGCAGGACCUUGCGAAAUUUGGGAAAAUGGUUGAUCUCGUCAGCUUUUUGCCCUUUCAAAAUAAUAAGCAGGCACUCGGUGAAAUCAACGACAUUUCCGAAGGUGUCGCAUCAGAAAUGCUCGUCUCUUUCCUCGACUUAAACUUACCGAAGCCGAACAAGAAAAAGCAUGUCGUCCUGGGGCUUUCCGACAAGGCUCUUGCGGGUAGCAUCAAGGCUGCAUUUCCCUUCGUCGAGUGCGAGACUGGAGAUACUAGCGAAAUUGUUCAAGAUAUGCUCCGGGGCAUUCGAAUGCAUGCUGCGAAACUUUUGAAGCAACUCCGUGAAGGCGACUUAAACACAGCCCAACUUGGUCUUGGUCAUGCAUAUUCUAGAGCGAAAGUCAAGUUUUCUGUCCAGCGUGAUGACAACCAUAUCAUCCAAGCUAUUGCAAUUCUCGACCAGUUGGACAAGGCCAUCAACACAUUCUCAAUGAGAGUCCGGGAGUGGUAUUCUUGGCACUUCCCUGAGCUCAUCAAAAUCGUUUCCGACAAUCAGCGAUAUGCCCGUCUCGCCCUGCUUAUUCGAAACAAAAAAGAGCUUACUGAGGAUAAACUACACGACAUUGCGGCCAUUGUUGAAGAUGAUGAAGGGAUCGCGAGAAGUGUCAUUGAUGCAGCAAAGCAUAGUAUGGGACAGGAUAUCUCCGAGUCUGAUAUGGAGAACGUUAUUUCCUUUGCAGAGAGAGUCGUCAGCCUUGCCACUUACCGCAAGACUCUUCAUGGAUAUUUGGUGUCGAAAAUGAGUGUGGUGGCUCCAAACUUGGCAGCUCUAAUUGGUGAAGUUGUCGGUGCGCGCUUGAUCUCCCACGCAGGAAGCUUGACCAAUUUAUCCAAGUAUCCAGCAUCAACCGUCCAAAUCUUAGGCGCCGAAAAAGCUCUUUUUAGAGCUCUCAAGACAAAGGGAAAUACUCCAAAAUACGGUCUCCUCUACCACUCCUCGUUCAUUGGACGUGCAGGUCCCAAAAAUAAGGGGAGAAUCUCUCGAUUCUUGGCCAACAAGUGCUCUAUCGCUUCUAGAAUAGACAAUUUCUCUGAGACUCCUUCAACGAAAUUUGGAGAUGUGCUACGGAAGCAGGUUGAAGAGCGCCUUGAAUUCUAUGCGUCUGGCGCUCCACCUACUAAGAAUGAAGUCGCCAUGAAGGAUGCUAUGGAUUCGCUUUUGGCUGACCUUGAGGUGGAUGAUGAGGACAAGGAUGUGGAAAUGGAGGGUGCCGCAGACUUGACUGAGAAGAGCCAGAAGAAAAAGGAGAAAAAGGAGAAAAAGGAAAAGAAGGAGAAGAAGGAGAAGGAAGGUAAGAAGGAGAAGAAGGAAAAGAAGGAAAAGAAGGAAAAAAAAUUGAAAUCAGAGGAGGCUGAUGCCGACACGCCGAAGAAGAAGAGGAAGAGAGACAGCGAGGUUGGCGUUACGAAAAAGAAACAGAAGUCUUAAAUAAUCUGUUUGAGGGAUCUGACGGCGUUUUAUGUAUUUUGAAUGUUUGAAUAUGGGACUGGAAGGUUUCUGGCUGCGUGUUUCUUUCAAUAUUUUAGUCUUGUCUACUAGAGAAAUUUCACUUCCUAUCGA